CAUCUUUUCUUCUAAAAACACUGAACAACCACCAUAGACUGGCCAGGUCACUUAAUUAAACCAGCUAAUAUGCUUUUAGAUUAUACUUCUUAAAAGGUUAGUUUAUAAAAAUUUAAAUUAUUUUAGGUUGUGAUAAUAGAUAGCUCAAUAGAUAAUAAUAGAGAGAAUUUCUUAACUAUGCUAGAAUAGAUCCAUAUGGCCAUUCCUUCAUGAUAUACAAUUCAAAUGAACUUAAAAAUAAGGUUAAUUAAUGGAGGUAAACCCUACCUUGGAUAACACCAUAUUAUGCAAUCAAGAGCAACCCUAUUGAACCUUUAAUAUAAGAUAUCAUAAAUGGACCUUAUGGAACAUUUGAUUGUGCCUCAAAAGGAGUAAAAUAUUAAUAUUAACCUUUAGGAAAUCUAAAUGGUGAUGAAAUAUGGAGUUCCCGCUUCAAAGUUGGUUUAUAGUAAUCCAGUAAAAGAGGAAAAAGAUAUCUACUUUGCUAAGAAUAAAGGAGUCUAAAUAACAAGUGCAGACUCAAUUGAAGAAUUAAUAAAGAUUUAAAAAAUAGCACCAGAAAUGAAAAUAUUAUGGAGAUUAUCUAUUGUUGAAGAAAACCCAGAAUAAAUGGCUACACUUUUUUCUGGUAAAUUUGGGGAUGAUGUGCCAAAUUUAGAUGCUGCUCAUAAAAGAUUUAAACAAAUUCAAUAAAUGGGUAUUUAAUUACAUGGUAUACAUUUUCAUUGUGGAAGUGCUGUUUAAGGAUCAUCCUCUUUUGGAAAAGUAAUUUAAUUUAAAUAUAUAUUUAGGCUGUUGAUUUGGCCUAAGAAUGUAUGAGAAUUGGAAGAUUAUAUGGACAUAAGAUGGAAUUAUUAGAUGUAGGAGGUGGAUUUCCUACUAGUAAUAUUCAUGAAAAUGCAAUUAAUGCAUUAAAAAGAACUUAAAAUGAUCCUUUAGGAUAUUAAGUAAUAGCUGAACCAGGAAGACAUUUUAGUGCUAAUACAUGUUCUCUUUUAUUUAGAAUUAUGACUAAAAGAAUUAAGCAUGGAAAAUUAUGUUAUCAUGUUAAUGAAUCAUUGUAUCAUUCUUUUAAUUGUAUACUUAUGGAUGGUAUCUCAUUUGAAAAUUAAAAUGAUCAAUUUUAUAGUGUUCUUAAUUCUGAAGAAUCAAUAGAUUCUUAAAUUUCAGAUUAAUCAAAUGUCUCAAUAUUUGGUAUGACAUGUGAUGGUGCAGAUGUUAUUGCAAAGAAUAUUACUGUACCCACAGAUAUGUAGGUUGGAGAUUGGUUAUGUAUGUAAGGAAUGGGAAGUUAUACAAUUGGACCUAAAUCUACAUUUAAUGGAAUGAAAUCAACUACCAAAAUCUAUCAAUGGAGUGGCUAAUUUGAAUAAUAAAGCUAAGGGUAACCUUAGAUUGCAAUCAGCUAAAUUUGUUGAUUUAUUAUGAUUAUUAUUAUGGACAAAAAUAUUAUAUAAACA